GAAGAGUUCUCUUUAAAAAAAGACUAAAUUAGGGAAGAGGUGUGGAAACAUCAAGUUGUUUCCUGCCUCAUUUCAAAACGUGUCUGUUGCUCAGUCAGUUUGUUCUUAAACUCAGAGACGCUUCAGGAAACUAAGGAUGGCAGUUUGGGACAAAAACAUUGUGUGGAGCUUCAUGUUGCUGCUGACAGGUGCUGUGGGUCCGAGUGUGAACUAUCCACCUCCUGUUUGUGCUGUAAAAGGGUCGACUGUCACCCUCCCCUGCACCUUCACACCACUUCAGUCUGUCGAUGUGGAUGGAAGAAAAGUUCUGAUAAAGAUCGUCAGAGUCCGCUGGUGUCAGAAGCAUUUGGUUUGUCAGGGAUCCACCCCGUCUGUGUACGACAGUGAUUCAACAAGCAACGACCCUCGUUACAAAUAUCUGGGGGACAAGAAGGGAAACUGCACUCUACAGAUCACAGAUGUAAGGGGAGAAGAUGAUGAAACUUUUCGCUUCAGAAUGGAAGCUGAUGACAACAGAGGACACUGGACUGAACAAUCAGGAGUGGAAGUCUCAGUCACUGACGGCACCACAAUGAAGAUAACCAGCUCCAGCGGUGACGGACAGGUGAGAACAGGUGAAAGCGUCACUCUGUUCUGCUCUGCACGCUGCACGUUCCACCAACUGAAGGUCACCUGGUUCAGAGAUGACCACGCCCUCUCAGAAUCUGGCCCCGCCCUCCAGCUCAGCUCUCUGACUGCAAAGGAUUCUGGGAACUACACCUGUGGUUUACAGACCAGCACUGAGACUCGCUCCGGGCCGUACAGCCUGCGUGUGGACGCUGGAGAGGAAGGAGCUGAUGGUGACCUGCCUCUGGCGGCUGGUGUUGGUGCUGUUGUUGGUGUUCUGCUGGUUCUGGUUGCCGUCAUUCUCGUCUGCUUCAUCAAAAGGAGGCGUUCAGCAGCGGAUCAGAGAGCCGAUGGAGGAGAAGAGGAUCAGAAGCAUCCUGAUCGUGUCUACAGCAGUGUCCUGCAGCGGGCUGAUAGGGAGGCAGGAGGUCAGCGACAGGAGAGCAGCCGAGCUGUGGAGGAGGUCAGCUACGCCUCGGUCCAGUUCAAACACAAGACCAAGAACCAGGCCAGAGCAGUGCAGGAGGCCGAUGAUGCCACCAUCUACUCUUCAGUCGCCGGCAGAGGCUGAAGUCACGGCUUGUCCAUUAAAGGAACAGUUCACCCAAAACUGUGAAUCCAGUCAUCAUCCCUCCCUCCAUGCUGACAAGUCUACAACAUGUUAUUACUCUCUUUGUCAACUGAAACCUUCACUGGAGCUGCUAAGCUAACAGUGUUAGCAUGUCAAGAGUGUAAAUCUGGUCUCAGAUCAGGAUGCGAUGUGUUCUUUCCUGCAGAGGAGGACUUUAUAUCAUCAGGAGGAGGAGAGGAGGACUUUAUAUCAUCAGGAGGAGGAGAGGAGGACUUUAUAUCAUCAGGAGGAGGAGGUACUGUUUGAGUGAACUGUUCCUUUAAUCCCAUCCCGCAGCCUGAUGAUGACAUCACAGGAGUCCAUUCAGAGAGAAGCAAGUCGUUAAUGAUCAGUUAACGAGCUCCUGAGAUACCAAACAUGUCAACUUCCUCCAGAAAGAUUUACCCAUGAGCCUCAGUGGCUGUUGCUAUGGAGACUCUGCUCCAAUUCAGAUUCUUUUCAGAUUUGUUUUUUUUCUUAAUUUCUGUAAUUUAUUGUAUUUUAUGAAAUGCUCUGUCUUGCAGUUGUGUUAUAACAAUACCAAACAUAAAGAUUUGAAUGCAGAAUAAAUAAUUUGACUUUU